AUGGCCUGUGCAGGCAACCCCGCCGAGCCGUGCGGUGCAGGAAACCGACUGGACGUGUUCUGGAAUGGCAAGAUGCCCCCUGCGCCUCCGCAGAUUGUGCCGAGCGUUGGCAAAUGGGUUUCGCUUGGUUGCUUUACCGAUAAUGUCAACGGACAGGGACGUUCGUUGCCCAAUCCGACUACUCCAGCGGGACAGGUCACUAUCGAGUCGUGCACGACUGCAUGCUUCAAUGCUGGAUUUGGACUUUCGGGGACUGAGUUCUCAGACUCGGAGUUCUGCGGAGGUCCGAAUAGAUUAAACGUCUACAAUUAUACUGGCACAGACCUGCCUGUUGUCUCUGGCGGAGGCGGAGGUGCAGCCGGUGGAGGAGGUGGAGGAGGCACGGCUCUAGGUGUCUUCCCUGUCCUCUCGGGUCUUCCUACUGGCUGGUCGUACAACGCUUGCUGGGUUGAUAACGCCCAUGGACGCGCGUUCGUUUUCCAGGCUCCUGGAAGCCAAACCAACACCAUUCAGUCCUGUAUCGCGCAGUGCCAGGCGCAGAACUUCACCGUCGCAGGAACAGAGUUCUCUGACGAAUGCUACUGCGGCAACACCCUCGUUGAUGGCGCCGUCAUUGCCUCUGACCCGACAACGUGCAACAUGGGAUGCGCAGGAAAUGCGACGCAAGCAUGUGGAGGCCCUAACCGCCUGUCUGUGUACACCUCCAACAAGCCGCUCGUCGCACUCCCUGUUCCCUCCGCAAUGACCACCAAUCUUCCAGGAAACUGGACGUACAAGGGUUGUCUCAGAGAAACCGCCACCGGAAAGAUGUUCCCUAACCAGAUCAUCUGGAUCGGCAACAACACUGCGCUUGCUUGCAUGAACCAGUGUGCCGCCUUCGGAUUCACCGCUGCUGGUGUCGAGUUUGGGCAAGAGUGCUACUGUGGUGAUGUCUCCGACGUCACGAACAACAACGGUGUCUUUGGCGCAGAGAGUGAGUGCACGACGCCCUGCCCGGGCGAUCCCGUGCACCUGUGCGGUGACGGAAACAGGUUGAAUACCUACUUCUGGAACGGUGUCGUCAACAACUGGCAGACGCCCAGCAACAUUGGACGAUACGAGUUCCUCGUGCCUGGUCUGGUUGUUCCGCUGAUCGCUACAUUGGGUAUCAACAACAAGGUUACCUUUUUGGAGAAAGGAGGAACCGGUAUCCCGAACGCUACUGGCGCAUACGAGCUUGACUUGAGCUUGGUAAACAACUUUGGAAAGACAUGGCGAGAGAUGCACAUCAAGACCGACGUGUUCUGCUCUGGAAGUGUUAUUAUGCCCGACAAGGCUGGAAGGCAAAUCAACGUUGCAGGAUGGGCUGAAGAUUCCAACUUUGGUGUCCGCCUCUACACGCCCAGCGGCUUUACUGGAGUCAAUGGCACCACCGACUGGGAGGAAAAUGGCGAUGUGCUCAAAUUGCAGCGUGCUCGGUGGUACCCAACGGCCACUGUUCUUUCGAAUGGCUCGAUUCUCGUUAUGGGAGGAGAGAUUGGAAGUAACUCUGCUCCUCAACCCAACUUGGAAAUUCUUCCCAAGCCUGAUGGAGGCGACACCGUCAUCGACUUGGACUUCCUUCUCAGAACCGAUCCUAACAACUUGUAUCCAGCUGAAUGUUAUUUAGGGUACUUCAACGAGGCUAGAAUUUUGGAGCCCAAGACGUUCACCACAAUCAAGACUCUUCCCAACAUUCCCGGUAACGUCAACAACUUCCUGGCUGGCCGUACAUACCCGCUUGAGGGUUCUGCUGUUCCUCUACCAUUGCACUUCCCGUAUACCGAUCCUCUACAAGUCUUCAUUUGCGGUGGUUCGACCAAUGGUGCUGGCGACGCCAUCGAUAACUGUGUCACAAUUGCUCCUGAGGCAGCCAACCCAACCUGGACCCUUGAACGCAUGCCGUCUAAACGAGUUAUGCCCAACCUCGUCCCUCUUCCUGACGGUACCGUCUUUAUCUGCAACGGAGCUACUCAAGGUUACGCUGGAUUCGGUUUGGCCAACAACCCGAACUUGAACGCUCUGCUUUACGACCCUACUCAACCUGUUGGCUCCCGCUUCUCGAUUCUCAACAACACCAUCGUUGCGCGCAUGUAUCACUCAGAGGCAAUUUUAUUGCCGGAUGGCCGUGUCCUCAUUUCUGGCUCCGACCCACAGACCGAUAACCCUGACGGUACCGUCAAGUACCCUGAGGAGUUCCGUAUCGAGGUUUACAUCCCUCCUUACCUGAACCAGGGUCUCACACCACCGAACUUCACUUUACCUAACAGCGACUGGGCAUACGGCUCUACCAAUACGAUUACCAAUGUCAAGUUCUUCCAAGGUCCCAUUUCUAAAUUGAGAGUCUCUCUUGUUGCUGCCGCCUCCAGUACACACGGAAACGCCAUGGGAGCGAGGACCAUCUUCCCUCAAUUCAGUUGCUCCGGAACCACUUGCACUAUUACCGCACCUCCCAAUGCCGGAGUCUCUCCUCCAGGAUGGCAUCAACUCUUCCUUCUGGAUGGACCCACUCCUUCUCACUCUCAAUGGGUGCGCAUUGGUGGUGACCCAGCUCAGCUUGGUAAUUGGCCUAACCUUCCUGGAUUCACUGUCCCUGGAGUUUAA